CUCCUGCCUCCACCGUGCACACAAUCUUUGGAUGAGAUCUCAGGGAAAAGUUUGCGCGCGGCGCAGAGCCCUCUGCGUAAAAAGGGAUCAUGCAUUGCGCAGAAUCCCUCUUUCCAGGAGAGGGGCGCGCGUCCGUCUGACAGAGCAGUCCAGUGCGCUGAAUGUUGUUGCAAGAAAGCUUUAGGGCAGGAGGGGGGGAACCGAACUUCAAAAAUAACCUAAUUAUUGUGGAUAAGUACCGCGCGCAAUGUCCGCCAUACGGAGGAAAUUUGGGGAGGACUAUCAGAUGGUGAACACCAACCGCACUGUGACUUUUUCUGCUCCGGUGAAGAAGAAGAGGCAGCGCUUUGUGGAGAAGAACGGCCGCUGCAACGUUCAGCACGGUAACCUUGGAGGAGAGACCAGCAGGUACAUCUCCGACCUCUUCACCACGCUGGUGGAUCUGAAGUGGCGAUGGAACCUGCUCAUCUUCAUCCUCACCUACACAGUGGCGUGGCUGGUCAUGGCUUCAAUGUGGUGGGUGAUCGCCUACAUCCGAGGGGAUCUGAGCCACGCCGGACACGACUCGUCCUACACCCCGUGCGUCGCCAACGUGUACAACUUUCCCUCAGCCUUCCUGUUUUUCAUCGAGACCGAGGCGACCAUCGGCUACGGCUACCGCUACAUCACCGAGAAGUGCCCCGAGGGCAUCAUCCUCUUCCUCUUCCAGUCGCUGCUGGGCUCCAUCGUGGACGCCUUCCUCAUCGGCUGCAUGUUCAUCAAGAUGUCGCAGCCCAAGAAGCGCGCGGAGACGCUCAUGUUCAGCCAGGACGCGGUCAUCUCGCAGCGGGACGGGAAGUUGUGCCUCAUGUUCCGAGUGGGGAACCUGCGGAACAGCCACAUGGUGUCCGCGCAGAUCAGAUGCAAACUCAUCAAGUCUCGGCAGACCCCUGAAGGAGAGUUUCUGCCGUUGGAUCAGUGCGAGCUGGAUGUGGGUUUCGGCACUGGGGCGGACCAGCUUUUUCUUGUCUCUCCUCUAACCAUCUGUCACGAGAUCAACAACAAUAGUCCCUUCUUCGAUCUCUCACAGCGAUCCCUCACCAGUGAGCAGUUUGAGAUUGUUGUGAUACUGGAGGGCAUCGUGGAGACCACCGGUAUGACGUGCCAAGCAAGGACUUCUUACACCGAGGAUGAAGUGUUGUGGGGCCAUCGGUUCCUCCCCGUCAUGUCACUGGAAGAGGGUUUCUUCAGAGUCGACUACUCCCAAUUCCACAACACCUUCGAGGUUCCUACGCCUCCCUACAGCGUCAAAGAGCAGGAGGAGAGCCUAUCGCUAUCGUCGCCCAAUCCGCUAUCUGUAGCACAAACUCCCUCUUCACCCCUACUGGGUAACGGAGGUCGUUCAGGCCGACGGGAGAGACUCCUGUCAGCCGACCAUGCGGACCACACAGACGACAAGGCCUCCAGGCUGCCUAUGAAACUCCAGCGCAUGAGCUCGGCCAGAGAGGACAAGCUGUGGAAGGGCCUAAAGAUGGGGCCGGCCUUGCCCGGAGGUAAAGCCUCCAGUACGGGAGAUCUACCGCUUAGCAUUCAUAGGGUGGGCUCCAUUCCAGGUGUGGGUCAGGUGAAGCCGGAGGAGCUGGUGCAGCUGUUGUCCACGGAUGGAGAUGUGGAAGAGGGAGACCUGGAGAGACACAGACAAGCAGGAGGGGGCAACACCUAUGCUGCUCCGGCCCAAGCGUCAGUCCAGAUCUCACUGGCGGGGAGUUGGGCGGAGGACAACCUACCCGCUAAACUUCGCAAAAUGAACCGCUGACCCCCUACCUUCAGGACAAAAACUAAAUCAAGCUUGACGGGCAUUGCUUACCACUAAGGACUACUGUGAUUUCCUGUUUUACCCCUUCCUUAUUCUCUCUUUUACAUUUACUUUCGAGCUCAAAGUUCUUUGUUGCCACAGAUUGGACAACACUAAUAAGCCAUGCAUCCGUUCAUACUGUGAGUCACUUUUGAUAGAUCACCAUCUGUGUCUCCCACUGACUCCAAACACUUCUAUUCCUGAACCUUUUCUUUCAUUUCAGCUCACAGAGUCACACGGAACGCUUUGUUAUUGCUAGAAACGGCUGUACCUUAUUGUUAUUAUUUUUUAUUUGAACAAGCACCGACGUGGGAGUUCUAAAUGAGUUCUAUUGACUAUUCGCUAAACCCUUCACUGUAAUUGUCCGUAUGUUGAUAAGGGAAAAACAUCUCAAGUACAGUAAAUUUCCGAAACUUUUUUAUAGUUUGAAAGAUUUUUUGACAUGCUUUCGACUACCGUAACUCUUCAACCGAUUGACGCAAUUCCAGUGGAUUUUAGUUGCAGAGAAAAGCGGCUGUUAUGCAAAAUUUUACAUUCACGUGUUGCAAAAAGCCUUAUAUAUUUUGUACUUUUUAAACCUACGUUUUCUGCGAUCUGCUUUACUCAACUGUUUCUCCAAGUCAAAUGAGACAAUCUUAACCCUUUUAUAGCUGAGUUUUAGCUCCAGCGUUGACACUCUUUCGACUACCGUAACUCGUAAACUAUUAAUGCAAUUGACGUAGUUCCAGCUAUUUUUUUUUUGUAGAGAAAAGUGGCUCUACUUCAUUAUACAACAUUUAAUGAUAUUAUGUAUUGCAUAAUGGUAAAAAGGUCAAAAUCACCUGAUUUGAUCACUUAAACUGUUACAGUAUGUCAAAGAACGCUUGUUAUCAAUUUUUAAGCUUUGACACUCAUUUUAACAAAUACUUUUUAAACUCAAGUUUGCAGCGGUCAGGGUUAUGAAACAAAUUCACUAAGUCAAACUAGACAAUAUUAACCUUUAUAUGGCUGAGUUAUAGCUCCAGCGUUGACAUUAUACUGUCAAUGAAAUUGGCGUAAUUCCAGUGGAUUAAGUUGUGAAGAAAAAACAGCUUUACGCCGUUAUGCAUCAUUUUACGUUUGUAAUAUGUUGUGUAAUGGAACAAAAAGCAGAUUUUUUUUGUGUCAAAACCAGCGGAUAGACAAUCCCGUAAACUGUUGAAAUGUUACAUUAUUGAGUGGUAUUUAGGUGACACCAAAAACAUCUGUGGUGUUAAAGGGUUGACAAGUUUUUAAUUUUAAAGCUACAAAACUCUUUUUUCUUAAUUUGAACAAUUAUUCUAAAGCUAAGUUUGCAGUGAUUAGGGUUAGGGAACUGAUUCUCCAAGUCAAAAUAGGCUAUAUCAACCCUUUUAUAGCUGAAACUUUGCUCCAGCGUUGAUAUUUUUUCUACUAUCAUAAUUCAUUAACAGUUUAUAGAAUUCCAGCGGAUUCUAAAGCAAAGAAAAGAAGCCUUGAGCUGAAAUGCAACAUCUUACACUAGCGAGGUUAAUACGCAAAUUAGUGUAAAUCAGCUGAUUGUGUCACUGAGAAAAGCAGCUUUGUGCCGUCAUGUAACAUUUUACAUUAGUAAUGUGUUGCAUAGGAAAAUCAUUGAUUGCGUAAACGGUUGAAGAGUUACGGUAUGUCAAAAAACGUGUUAUUUAGGUGUCGCCGGCGACAUCUAUGGUGUUAAAGGACUAACUUAGACAAGUUUCCAACUUUAAUGGUACUACUCUUUAAAAAAAUUCUGCACUUAAGUUAGCUUAAACAGGGUUACGCAACUGUCUCCCUAAGUCAAAUGAGAUUAUAUUAAGUUAGUUUCUCAGUUCUAGUUUUUUCUUUGCAGUUGAAUUUGUUGGAUAUACUGUACAUUCUUGGCAAUUGGAGACCAAAUACAAUAUCAGUUUCAAUAUAUAUAUAUAUACACACACAGUAUAUAUAUAUAUGUAUAUUGUUGAUUUAUGUUAAAAACUGACGUGGGGUUGCAGGGGAACAUAUAUGAGGAGAUCAUUCAUUUAAAGACCCACUCUGAUUAUCUUUUGAUCUAUUUUAAAAGCUUUUCCAGUGGUCUUUUAAUCAUAAUUGUUAUUUUAGGCCAAAAUUAUAAAACCUGGCUCGUUUACUAGGAAAAAGUUUCUACUGUAGUUAUUAUUAGAAAUUUACCUCUGAAUUGUGGGCGGGAUUAUUUGUUGGGAGCAUGGAGCAACCCCGCCCCUCUUUUCCCUUCCGAUUGCUGACAGCUCAAGCAGCAUAUUUUCUGUCACAAGUACAAUCUUUUUUUAUCUGCUCCUGAUACACAAUGAUUUAAAUAAGGAAAUAUUGAGAAAUGCCAAUUUUAAGCUUAAUUUUCUUAAUAUAUGUUUUAUAUCAUUAGAAAAAAAUCACAAAAACACGUUAAUAUAAUUUUUAUCGGAGUGGGUCUUUAAAUUAAAGUCUAUAGGUAAUGUUAAGUAAAGUCUAAGUAAAAAAAAUAAAAUUUAUUCUUGUGAACCAUAAAAUAAGAGGAAGAUUGUUUUUCUCGCCUGCUUGAACGACAAGACCAACCCCUCAUCAAAUUGUGUCUCCAUGUCGAAAUUUUCCAGGCUUUGGCGAAUUUUCAACAGGAUAAGAGUAAAUGAAACUCCACUCCUUCGGCUGCAAGGUUAACCGGUUUCACUCCACCUUCUUCUUACUUGAAAUCAAAGCCCCUGACCUUUUUUUCCGCGGCUAAUCAUGUUGUCCUCAAGCCGACAUAAGUCACGGCGUUUACCACCCGGCUCCUCCCAACUGAGAUGUGGCCAUCGAGAUGAAAAGGAUUUCCUGCCGCAUCACAUCUGAGGACGUCCAGGGCUCAUUAGUCAUACUGCAGAGGAAAGCAGAAACAUUUGCGUUCUUAAUUCCUCGACUCGACGAAACGACCUCCGCUCGGCUUAAGAUAAGGUCGACCCCGGUAAACGAUGUGGGAGGAGCCCUGGAGUUCAUUUAUCACACAGUAAUUAUGGAGAAUAUUCAUCCAUUGAUCUUUUUGUGGCACUUCUUCUGCAGGAAACGUGGGCACAUUUUUACUGUUUUCCAAUUCAUAUAUUGUUAUUACUGCUUACAUAUUCAGUUAAACCCUUUACAUAAAGAAUUUGAAUUAAUUCAUCUUAGAGGAGCCGCAAAUCAACACCAGCAGGGCUAAAAAUAAAAAAGUUUCCUAUUUAAGUACAGUACAGAAGUUUUGCUUCCAGGGGAGAUUUUUCACAGAAUGGCACACUUUUUCUCUGCUACAUUAACUCCCCUGCUACACCAAUAGAACAUCAUUUUACAAAUGAACAUUUCAUCCAAAGGAGAUGUAAAUCGAUUGUUUACUGAAGACGAACUGUGAGAACAGCCUCUGGCGGUGGAUGACAGUGGAGUAGAGUAAUGGGGUCGGAGAGAGGAAGUACUUCAAAAAAAUGGAUAGAAGAGUUGUUACUUUAAAAGCCAUAAUAGAACAUUUUUUACUUCAAUUUAAUUUUUUUUAAUUUAUUGAAAAUACUUUGUGCCAAUACUUGCUCUGUUCCUCCUGAAACUCUUCAAUGUAAUCUGUUGGUCUCUCAUUAAAAUACAGUUGAGACAAA